AUGGCACGCCGCACCCUCAACAGCAAGUGCAAGUGCCAGGAAGGAUUGAAGCAAGCAGGGCCCUGGGCAGGCAGGAAGCUGGCAACGGCGGGGCCGCGACGAUUUAGGUGGCAUGGAUGGUGGAAGGAAAGCUCAACCCGGCGCCCGGACCUUCCACCGAGAGCACUUUCCAUUGGUUCCCGGACAGCAUCAAUGUCACAUCCCAUCUGUCUUGAUGGUCGUGGUGGUGGUUGCUGGUCCUGCACUGCUGCUGCUGUUCCCAGACUUUCACACCCACUCCUCGCUGUUCCAAGUCGCUCUCUGGUCUGUGCCCUCACCCGCACCGGCCAUGGUCCCUGGUGGGCACUUGGGCUGGAUUCCAUGGCUUUUUUGGGAGUAUCCUUUAUGGUAAAGUUGGGCAAAGUGUCGUCUGGAAUGCGUCGCUGA